GCACAGCCAGGAUGAGACACGACUAUGGUGAGGGCGUGUUUACUCGCGGGUUGCACCUGUGCCCCCCAGGCUGUCGUGUCUGCCAUGGGCGGGCCCCGGGCCCUGUUGGCGGCGCUCUGGGCGCUGGGGGCCGCAGGGGUUGCGGCGCUACGCAUUGGAGCCUUCAACAUCCAGAGCUUUGCUGACAACAAAGCGUUGGACCCAUCCUGCGGCAGCAUCAUAGCACAGAUCCUGUCUGGCUACGACAUCACGCUGGUGCAGGAGGUGCGCGACCCGGACCUGAGCGCGGUACUCGCGCUCAUGGAGCAAAUUAACAGCGUUUCCGAGCACGAGUACAGCUUCGUGAGCAGCAAGCCGCUCGGUCGGGACCAGUAUAAGGAAAUGUACCUGUUUGUCUAUAGGAAAGACUCUGUGUCGGUCGUGGACACAUAUCAGUAUCCAGACCCUGAGGACGCCUUCAGUCGGGAGCCCUUCGUGGUCAAGUUUUCGGUCCCCCACUCAGGUGAGGCUGGCCCCGCCCUUCCCCAGCUCGCCCCGCCCCCCCAGCUCGCCCCGCCCCUCACACCGCCUGCUCCCACAGCCGCUAAGGAGCUGGUGCUGAUCCCACUGCACGCCGCGCCUCACCAGGCGGUGGCUGAGAUCGAUGCUCUCUACGAUGUGUACCUGGACGUGAUCGACAAGUGGGGCACCGAUGACAUGCUAUUCCUGGGCGACUUCAACGCCGAUUGCAACUACGUGCGGGCGCAGGACUGGUCGGCCAUCCGCCUGCGCAGCAGUGAAGUCUUCAAGUGGCUCAUCCCCGACAGCGCUGACACCACGGUGGGGAACUCGGACUGUGCCUACGACCGCAUUGUGGUGUGUGGCGCCCGCCUGCGCAAGAGUCUGAAGCCCCAGUCGGCCACUGUGCACAACUUUCAGGAGGAAUUCGGCCUGGACCAGGCCCAGGCUCUUGCCAUCAGUGACCAUUUUCCUGUGGAGGUGACCCUCAAAUCUCACUGACAGCCAAAGCUUGGCCAGAGCCUGACACUUGCAGAUGGGCCAUAAGGAAAAGCCCC